AUGAGUCAAUCAAAUCAACAACCUACACCAAAGUUGCCUCUUCCACCAUUCACACAUGAAACAGCAGUUCAGAAGGUCAGGUUGGCUGAGGAUGCAUGGAACUCUCGUGACCCUGUCCGUGUGUCGCAGGUGUACACCGAGGAUACAAAGUGGAGGAACAGAGCAGAGUUCCCACAGGGUCGAGAGCAGGUCGUAGAGUUCCUCACAAAGAAGUGGCAGAAGGAGCAAGAGUAUCGUCUCAUCAAGGAGCUGUGGGCCUACGAUGGUAAUAGGAUUGCCGUACGAUUUGCCUACGAGUCAAAGGAUGUCAAUGGUGUAUGGUGGAGAUCCUAUGGCAAUGAGAACUGGCAAUUCAAUGAACAAGGCUAUAUGGAGCGACGUUAUGCAUCGAUAAACGACCUUCAGAUAAGUGAGUCUGAGCGUCUGUUCCACUGGCCACUCGGUCGUCGUCCAGAUGAUCAUCCAAGUCUAUCAGAACUUGGUCUCUAG